AUGUGCAUUUACCUCAGUAUUUUAAAUCUCUUGACAGUUUGGGUAAUGAUGGCUCAGCUCCAGCAAGGAGGCCCAGAGGAAAAAGAGAAGACUACCGCGUUAAAGGAUUUAUUGUCUAGAAUAGACUUGGAUGAACUAAUGAAAAAAGAUGAGCCACCACUUGAAUUUCCUGAUACUCUGGAAGGAUUUGAGUACAUGUUUAAUGAAAAGGGGCAGUUGAGACACAUAAAAACUGGGGAGCCAUUUGUUUUUAAUUAUCGUGAAGACUUGCAUAGAUGGAACCAAAAGCGGUAUGAAGCUCUUGGAGAGAUCAUUACUAAAUAUGUUUAUGAACUACUGCAAGAGGAAUGUAAAGAGACACUGCCUGUUGAUGCGACGGACAGCGAACCAAAGAGCUUUAUUUUUAUGAGCGAAGAUGCAUUAACAAACCCUCACAAGCUUUUAGUCCUAAUCCAUGGUAAGGGUGUUGUCAGAGCAGGUCAAUGGGCUAGAAGACUUAUAAUUAAUGAAGAUCUGGACAGUGGCACGCAGAUACCAUAUAUAAACCGAGCUGUCGAG